CUCUGAGAGUUGAAAUUGAAAUUCCAGUCAAUGCCAAGAUGGACGCAUCCGACGGAUGUGAGUUGCAAUUGCAUAGCCUGCAAGGGGCUCAGCGACGUCAGAUCUGGUCGGGAAGGCUGACGGACGACACCACUGUCCUUUGCGCUCUGGACACCCGCUCUUUUGUCUUGACAGCGCCAACUGAAAUCUUUUUCUCGUCCUUGGGUGGUCUGAUCGACUGAUCCUGAUGAACGCAGGGUUAAGAUUUGACCCGACCUGUCUUCAAGUUGCUUGUUUUUGAUGAAAUUAGGGUAGUGGCUGUCAGGCACAGAGAAAGGGUAGCUGUCGGUUUAAUCUUUGUCGGCUGAUCUGAUUCAUAGACAGGUAAGAAGCGGUAAAUUUUAUUUUUAUUUUUAUGUUUUGUGUGUGUUCUCAUUUUUGCUUUUGGAUUUUAAACUCUUGUAUCAUGCUGUCAUUACUCAUUAGGAUUACUGUGUAAUGUUGUGACAAUGAAUUUUUUAUAUUAUCACAAAAUAGAAAAUUAUUAUACAGUAUGUACUGUAUUAAGUUGUAUAAUUAAAAUAGUUAGAUAAUAAGUUGGUCCUUGAUUUUAGGGGCUUAUCAUCUUUAAUGGUGGGUCAUCUUUUGCAGUUUGGUAUUGAACUGCAAGAUAUGAUUCUCUAUCACAAAAACUGUGUUAAAAUGUGAUUAUUUUUUUGAAAAAAUUGUGUGUAUAUAUAAAAUUACUAAAAAUAUAAUAAAAAAUAUUAAUUUAAAGUAAAAGCAAUUCUGAAUGCAGGCUUAGUGGGUGAUUAAGUGUUGGAUAAAUUGAUGACUUUUAUUAAUUACUUAGCUGGACGGUAUAUUGUGUUUGUAAGCACAGAAAUCAUAUGAAUUUUUUUCUGCUUGCUAAGAUUGAAAUAAAAUGUUUGUUCCCAAUGAAAUUAGAAUCUCUGA